GUGUUCUUCAUCACCACAUCAGUUCAAGUUCAGAGCUAGGUUAACAUUCCCCAACCUGCCUAACAUGGUAGGAGUAUUCUCAAAGUCCGCUAAACGGAGCAGGAUAUCUCUGUGCACCAGCUUAUCAACAAUGUAACGUGCGUAUGCAUCUGCUCCUCAUGCUAUCAAAGGAAGAAAUAGACCAUCAACCUUAUCUUUCCAGGCCAGUUCAAGACGCAGUCUUCUCUCCGGACCUCUUUAUGACCCACUAUCGCUCCACAGCGAUAAGUGAGAUAGAAUAGCCUAUUGCACGUUGUCUUGGCCGCUACCCUGUUAUGAGCCAUCAGCUAUUCAGGGCUGCCCAGAAUGUGGUCUUGCGGGCUACCUUUCCGCUUUAUCCGACUCUUGGAGUGCAAAAAUAGCGUUUCAGACCAGAGACUCUUGGAGAAGGUAUGAUUUAUAUGGGGGCACACGACGUUCCGAUUCCUUCGGUGAUCCACUUAUCCCCUCGGUGUACCUCUCUCGGUUUCGUUCCCUUCCUGCAACAGUCUCGUCCAGCCUAUUCAUUGAAUAGCGACAGAAGAUGUUGCUAUUUGGCGAUUCCCCCGCCUUGAAGCGGGCCGAUACCGACAGUGCUGUCAGUAUGGGAGACUCCAAGGAGAAGUUCCAUGACGACAAAGAAGUUGCCGUGGUUAGCGAGAAGGACGCGGCUUUUCUAGUGGAGCCCGACGCAGACGACGUCAAAGUCAUUGAAAAGGCUGAAGAUGUCGCUGUCCAGAUCAUUUCAACUGAAGACGAUCCAUCUCUACCCGUAUUCACCUUCCGUACUGUGUUUCUUGGUGUCGGGUUGAGUGCCUUCGGAGCUGUCUUGUCAACUAUAUACACUUUCAAGCCGCAGAAUGCUACCGUUUCGCAACUGUUCUGCUUGAUAAUUGCAUAUGUAUUGGGUACUGCGAUGGCCGCGAUAAUUCCAACUAAGGGUUAUUGGAGGUACCUCAAUCCCGGGCCUUUCAAUAUUAAGGAGCACACCGCAAUCGUCAUAAUGUCUUCCACUGCCUCGACGGUAGCUAUUGCGAUGGAAAUCAUUGCCGCGCUCGAUCUUUUCUACGACAUCCACCUCAAUGCAGCUGUUGCCAUCUUCCAGAUCUUUUCCAGUCAGAUGCUCGGGUAUGGCAUUGCAGGAAUGUUGCGAACGUUGCUCGUGUAUCCAACAUAUGCUUUCUAUCCGACAUAUAUCUCUGUCGUCAACUUGCUGCAGAGUCUUCACUUUGGCGGUACGCUGAAUCACAAGCGAAGACGUUUCUUCUGGAUCGCUUUUGCCGGCAUUUUCCUAUGGGAAUGGAUUCCUCAAUACCCUUUCCCACUACUCACCGCAAUCUCUGUGAUCUGCCUCAUUGACAAUGGCCGGUCAACAUUUGUCCGCAAUCUCUUUGGUGCUGGGUCUAGCAACGAAGGCAUAGGCCUUCUAAGCUUCAGCACCAGUUGGACGUUGAUCACCCAGGGAAACCCGCUAGUAUGGCCGCUUCAGACCCAGGUCAACUCGUAUAUUGGUAUGGCUAUUGGGUACCUCGUUCUCACUCUUGCGUACUACAGUAAUGCGUUCAACGGCCGAGACCUUGUCUUCAUGUCCACCUCUCUCUUCGGAUUGGAUGGACGGAGCUACAACCAAUCUGCCAUUCUCACGUCUGAAAACAAGUUGGAUACGGAGAAGUUGGCAGAACUUGGUCUGCCAAGAUAUACUUCUACUUAUACCAUCAGUCAGAUGUGCUACAACUUCAGUUUGGGCGCUGCGUUGGUGCAUGUCGCUAUAUGGUAUUGGAAAGAUUUGAGAAGAGCAUUCGGAGGUUUCAGAUUCCUGAAGAAUGGGCAAGAUAUAGAUGACCCCCACUAUCAGCAAAUGAAGAAGUAUCCCGAAGUCCCACAAUGGUGGUAUCUCCUCGUUUUGGUGCUGUCUGUUGCAGUCGGCAUUGGUUGCAGUUAUACGACGGGGGAAGCACUCCUCCCUUGGUGGAGUGUUAUCCUGUUCACCGUUUUGAGCUUCGUCAUUGCCAUCUGUCUUGGUUUCAUAUCGGCUACGACUGGUUUUACCCUGUCUAUCAAGUAUGCCAUCCAGAUCUUGGCUGCAUUCAUUCAUCCUGGGCAACCCAUUGCAAAUAUGUACGUGAAUCUGUACGGCAACAGCACAGCCUUCCAGACUCUCUACAUGCUUCAAGAUCUGAAGCUCGGUCAAUACACGAAGCUCCCUCCCCGAGCGACAUUCGUAGCCCAGAUGGCAGGCUCCAUAUUAGGGUCUAUCUUUAAUUAUACCAUGAUGACGUCAAUUGUAAGCAACAAUCGCGACGUUCUCUUGGAUCCUGUUGGGACUCGAGUGUGGAGUGGAUGGAUCAUUCAGCAAUACAACUCGUCAUCAGUCGCUAUGGGCACCCUUGGCAAAGAGCUCUUCACAUUAGGGAAGCCGUACUGGCUCAUCCCAUUCUCUAUUUUCUUCGGCUUCUUCCUGCCAAUACCUUUCUGGCUAAUUCACCGAUACUCAAAACCCGGCUCGAUUAUCUCCAAAGUGGCAGCCUAUAUCAAUACACCCAUCAUCGCGCUGUAUGUUGGGUAUCUGCCAUACUCCGUGAAUGGCCAGUGGUGGUCUUGCUUUGUGAUCGGGCUCGCCUCGCAAUGGUGGGCACGCAAGUACCGUCCUCGUUGGUUCAAGUCAAAGAACUACCUCCUGUCGGCAGCACUCGACGGCGGAAGUCAAGUCAUCCUAUUUAUACUGAGCUUCGCCGUCUUUGGUGCAAGUGGUAAUGCCGUUGACUUCCCUAACUGGUGGGGGAAUCCGGCUAACCUUUCAGUCGAUCGAUGUGCAUCGACCUGAUUCUCGAUCUCUGUAAUAUAUGUACACUAAACAUAACCCAGAUUGAGUCCAAACUUUCCCUAGGCAUUCUAUAUCCAAAAAUACCCCGGCCAGCUAUGAAACUCACUUAUAACUGCUGGUGUGGGACCAUUCGUGAAGUUUUGACAUCGGAUGAAAACAUACCCUUACAUUCCCAUAACUCAUUCAGCUUCUUGUUUGACCUGCCGAUAUCAUAUUCUCACUAGACACCGAAAAAGCUUACCAUCGCAAGUCACCUAUUCUCGCCUACCACAAAAAUAUACGCAUCGUUGAUUUC